AAUCACUCACUUUACAAACCCCCAAAUUCAAUUUAAUCCGGCAUGGAAAAGUAUGCUGUUCCGGUACCUCCGAUCGGCAGAAACCCUAAGCGGUCGCAAUGGAAAAGGAGUCUGAUUCAGUUGACCGGAAAAUUUGACCGGAAUUACAUUCACGACGUCUCUCCGCUUCUAAUGCAAUCCUAUUCUGAGAUUAGGGCGUUUCCUCACACAUAUUAUCACCGCGAAUCACCGUGUUCUACACAUGUUGACUCACUAUAUACCGUUCCUAUGAUGCGUGGGAUGCACCUUGAAACUAUGCCCGCUAGGUUGGGUGUAUCUUCUUUGGAAUUUGACACAGAGGGAAUCUAUUUGGUAUCAGUGACAAGAUCAGGGUGCUUAACAGUGCAUGGAUUUGAAUCUCUAUACUCUCAGAGUAAUCAAUCUGGCACUGAGGAAGAUCUGACGAAACAGCUGCUGCACAUCUCUAUAUUUACUGGUGCAAGUGCUGUAUGCUGGAAUCCAGCUAAUCAGGAUGAGGUCGCAUGUACUUCCCUGAACACUAAUGAAGUUCAUAUCUUUGACAUUGGGUAUAUUUCUUCUGAACCGUCGGAGAUAUUGAGAAAGCGGCCUACUGUCAGUGUUCAUGGUAGUAAUGUGCGCAAAGGUUUAUCUGAUAUAGCCUUGUUUAAUGACGACACAAGGGUAAUUGCUUCAGAUACAUGUGGAACAAUAAGUCUGUGGGACAGAAGAGUGAGUGAUCUUCCACAAACUGGACUUACUACCAAUGCAGAUAGCGGGAUUACCAGCAUUCAACUAGAUGGAGAUCAAUGUGUAAUUGGUGCUAGUAAGAGUGGUUUUAUUUAUGUUUGGGAUCUACGUGGUGGACGAUCAUCAGCUGCUUUUCAAAGUCACAAGGAGGUAUGCUCUUCUCCUCUAACAUCAGUAAGGCUAGCAUUUCUGCUGAAUAAGAUUGGACCUUUAAAGGCACAAUCAAAUAUACUACCGAAGGAAAUACAGUCAAUCAACAUUAAUCCAUCUUGUAAACAUCAGCUGGGCUUCCAUCUCGACGAUGGUUGGUCUGGUGUUUUGGAUAUGCAUAAUUUCCAAGUGUCACAUAUUCAUUGCCCUCCCCCACCUUGGCUUAGGGGUGACUCAGAUAUUGUAACGGCUUUACUACCCACGAGGAAACCAUCAUGGCUACCUCAACAAUCGAUCUAUGCAGUUGGUUCUACUUCAAGCAAUGGGCUGCACCUUUUAGAUUUCAAUCCGAACACCAACUCUCCAUGCCAUGUAGAUUACGAUGAGUCAAAGAUUCCAGAGGAACCCUUUCGGCAUAAACGAAACAUAUUUGUACCAUCAAAUGAACACGUUACUGCUUGUGUCACUCACCCCCUUGAUGGCACCAUUGUUGGUGGAACCGUUGAAGCAUCUUUAGUGAUGAUUUCUCAAAAUCAUGUUUGCAAGAAUGAAGACGCUGCCGCUCUUGCUGAGAAUCAGUGAAAGACAAUAGACCCAGGAGCUGUAAAUUGGCCAGUGUAAGGUUAAUACAAACGUUAUUUGCAACUUUUUCCUUUUAAGUUAUAACUUUCUCUUGAAUUAUAUUUAGUCCUUCAGUUAGGUGUUAAAUUUAAGUUCAUUUUUUUCUCUUAACCUUUUCUAUUUUUGAUUUUUUAUAUUUAUAAAAAAAUGGUAAAUUCAUUA